AUGUACGCGAGGCGCGCGUCGCAGCUGCUGAAGGAGCUCGACGCCUGCGAGCCCGGCCAGCUCGUGGUUUUCAACAGUGAUGUAUUUGAUCAGGUCAUUAGAGAGUGCGGUGAGCACAAUGCACAGUUUCAGGCAUUGAUCAGAAAAAUGGUGGAGCAAAACUUAGACAUUGAAACAACAAGAAACGAAGACCACUAUGGUGCAGCUAUCCACCAUCUCUCGCUGCUCCGCAACAAAAGAUGCCUCAUGGCUUACANGUACAACCGAGCAGAAACUAUUCGGAGUUUUAGAUGGAAAAUUGGUCCUGUGCUUCCUCAUGAAAUACAAGAAAAGCUCAAUUUUUCAGAGAAAGAGUACUUCAGAAGCCACUCUUCAGCCAUUAAGUCUUAUAUCUCAGAGAUGGAUAUAGAUUUAACAGUGGACAUGGUACCCCCCAAGGAUCCUUAUAUCCAGGUUCGGGUGCUGGAGGACAUUGGUGAAGUAUCUCUUGGUGACCAUUCCGUGUCAUUGACAAAAAAUUCACUCCAUUUCCUUAGGCGCACAGAUGCAGAACAAUUUAUAUCACAGGGUCUCAUGGAAGAAUUUCUGGAGUAG